CUGGUAAUGACAUGCUUCACUGAUCACACCAGAACAAAAUAAAACUCCGCUUUCACCUCCGGCGCUACUUACACUGGACACGGCUCUGAUUCUCAGACUACCUCAGAUAGCACACCUGUCCGUCUGCCGUCCUCCAUCUGCAGAUCUUAAAAUGACUUGGACGGUUGCUCUCUUCUUUAGUGUUGUUUCGCUCGUUAACUCAGAAGACUACUGCUACGAUGAGCCACAUUGUGAUCCCUAUGCAUGGGGAGACAUGUAUCCAUCCUGUCACCCUUUACUUGAGGAGCUUCACUCUCCCAUCAAUCUGGACCACCAGAUGACAAGAAACCAGUCUCUGGGGUAUAUACAUCUGGAGGGCUUCGAUGAGAUCCAACCAGGCCACUGGAUGCUCAAAAACGAUGGACACUCUGUGGUGAUGGAGGUUGGCGGUGGCAUGUCAGUGAGCGGUGGAGGUCUUCCAGAUGUGUACCACACCAUCCAGCUGCACUUCCACUGGGGUGGCCCGGCCUCCAACGGAUCCGAGCACACAGUGGACGGACGCAGAUAUCCGAUGGAGAUGCACAUAGUCAACAUGAAGUCCAUCCAUCCCAAUCUGACGGUGGCGUUGGACGAUCCAACAGGACUCGCAGUGCUAGGAUUCUUCAUUGAUGUUGUUUAUGCAGACAAUGUGCACUUCGGACUCAUAUCACAAAAGCUGUCCUCUGUCGCUUACAAAGGCCAGACGACUAAAAUCAAGCCGUUCCCGCUGAUGAACGUGCUCCCAAAACACAACAUGAGUCAGUAUUACCGUUAUUACGGCAGCCUCACCACCCCGCCCUGCUCUCAGGUGGUGGUGUGGACUCUGUAUGAAGUCCCUGUCUACAUAUCAUGGUCCCAACUGGCUCAGUUUACCUCGCAGAUCUUCUCCACAGAGGAAGAUGCAGAGCAGGUGACACCUCUGCAGAGAAACUUCAGACACAUCCACUCCACCUUCGGCCGCAAAGUAUCCGUGUCCAAACAUGCCAAACUCCUCGCAGGGACAGCCGGGCUUCCCCUCAGGUCUGCUUUGUCUCUGCUUCAAAUCAUUUUGCUGGGAAGCUUCUUCAUCUCUGGACUCUAACGCCACUUUAAGGGGAUUCAUGUUGUUGCCACUCAUUUUACCCCAAAAUGACUUUAAGCUGAUGUUUAGAUAAAGUCCAGCAAAGAAUAAGAUUAUAUAUUUUAAAAAACUGUGAAGAAAAGUACUGUAAGUUGAUUUGUUAUUAAAUGUGUUAUGAUUGUGCCCUGUGGUCUCAGCAGGGUUAACUCCAGUAGUGCAUUCAGAAAUGUGAAAAUGUUUUGUUAUAACAUUUUUUAAUCAAUCUGAAUUGAGGAUUGAGAUGUGUUGUAUGAAGGCACCCUAGCUUGAAACAGAUGUAAUACACCUGAAUCUAACAAUAUAAGUGUUAAUAGUAAAAGUAAAAAAUAGAUGUAUUUAGUCAAACAGAAUAGUAAGAUACAACACUAAGCGUCUGUAGUUUAUGUAGCAUGAUAACAUUUGCUUAACAGCACUUAACACAAGUGCAUCUGUAGUGAGUGGGAAGGUUAUUAUUUUGCAAAUAACAUAAAACAAAGAAAACGUUUUUCUCAAAAUCAAUUUAAAUGUUGACCUGGUGCUAAUUGAAAAGUCAAAUAACUUAUUCAAAAACAGCAAUGUCAACCUCCUGGUGGAGCUACCAUGGCAACAAAGGAAAAUAAGUGGUAAUCAUGAAGAUGUGUUUUAAAGGAUUUAACUCACCGACUACAGCAAGUUCACCUAAAAUCCGUUUAUUUCCCUGACAGUUUGAGAUGGAAAACCACAGGUGUAAUUAUGAAAACAUAAGUGUUGAAAUCCAUUCAGCUUUACAUGUUUUAUUUUACAUGGUAAAUGACUUAUACCCACAAUUCAGUGGAGCAGAGCCAUUUGUAAUGUCAAUAUUAACCCCUGUGCUUUGUUGAAGAACACCAAGCUCAUUAAGUAUUGUGAAGCUAAUGCUAAUGAGCAGCAACUUCUGCAUCCACCAUGCAAAAUCUUGUGUGUGUGUGUGUGUGUGUGUGUGUGUGUGUGUGUGUGUGUGUGUGUGUGUGUGUGUGUGUGUGUGUGUGUGUGUGUGUGUGUGUGUGUGUGUGUGUGUGUGUGUGUGUGUGUGUGUGUGUGUGUGUGUGUGUGUGUGUGUGUGUGCAGCAUUUGCCUUUGGAUGGACCAACAUCAGUGUAAAACAGCAGCAUCUAGAUAAGUAGAUCAGGAAACAAAUGCUAGAAAAAUUAUAAAAUAAGGGGUUUGACACUUCUAUGUCGGUUCACAAUUUUUCUUUUCAUAUGAUGGUACAUGUAUUGAAACAAUAAACAUACUAUUCUGUGUCCCAUAUGUUGUUGUUUUUGAUUAAUGAAUGACAUUUGCUUUCUCUCUCUGCAUUGUUUCCUGUUUGGUUAGAAGAUGACUAUUAUGGAGAGGCCUCAGUGAUUUGUAAAUCUGUGGCUGAAGUGAGUCAGCAUCAACAUGAAAUGUUAAAAUGACAAAACCGCAGUAGGAAUACAGUUUAUACUAGAGAAAAACAGGUAAGUGUAAUAUUCUGAUAGCAUAUGUGGAUAGCACUG